ACAUCAAGGGGAGAAGGUGUGUUAUUUCGUUUCACCGUUUCGCCUUCGAUGCGGGAAAAAAUCGAUUGUAUUUUUAUUUUUAUAAACAACAGUCGAUAAAACGAUCGAUUAUUGCGUUAUUGAAAAGUCGGACAGACUGUCGGGUAACAAGGAAGUAGUGUGUCAAGACGAUUUGUCAGUGAUAAACAGUUGGUGCGGAGUCCUUCGUGAUCGAUUCCUGUGUGCAUAUUGUCAAGGUGUUUUCCACUGUUCUCUCGUCAGGAUAUUAUGCUACCGAUCGUGUGUGCGGCAAGAUCGUUUUGAUUCGAGGGGCACUCGACUACAGAUCACCGGUAAAAUGUUACCACAGACCCCUGACAUCAUUCCUACAACUUUGAAUCAGCAAAAAUGUGUAAAAGCACGUGCCCUUUACGAUAACAUCGCAGAAGCACCGGACGAGCUAGCUUUUCGAAAGGGUGAUGUUCUUACGGUACUGGAACAAAAUACCGCCGGACUCGAGGGUUGGUGGUUGUGUGCUUUGCGAGGUAGACAGGGCAUCUGUCCAGGAAAUCGAUUGAGACUUCUGGUUGGCCAAUACGAUACAGGGGGUUGUUUAGUUGGCAGUAGGGCUGAUCUAACCACUUCUGAAGACGGUAUACAGAGGCAUGGAAAACGACGUAGCUGGCACGUUCAACCGAACAGGGUGGUAACUCCACAGAAGUGCGGCGACGUGUACCUAUACGAUCUUCCAGCGAGCCGGGCUAGUCCUGCACCACCCUCCAGGCACGACUCACCCCUGAACUCGAAUAACGAGCAUUUGCACAACUCAGGACGAUACACGACCAGCAGCAGAAGUUCGGUAGACAAUGGCGGCGACGUGAGCGAUUGUUACGACGUGCCACCACGUGCGGUACCGGUGAUACCAUCUCCGGCUAGCAGCCCGAGUCCUGCACCCUCGUGCUAUGAUAUCCCAAGGCCACCUACCUCUUGCACGCCGAAUUCAAACUGUUCUGGAGGCUCGGGGGUGACACCUUUGGACUGCUACGACGUGCCCAGGUCGUUGCAACCCCUCACACCCAGCAGCUCCGCGUCCAGUCUUACGAACGAUGGAUCUCUCAGUGGAUCGAACCGAUCGAGCCUGGCUGCCCCCGAUUACGAUGUACCUCGAUCGCGUCUUCCAGCUUCCUCGUUACCGUCCCGGCACAACACACCCGUGCCAAAGACACCGACACCUCCACCACCACCGCAAACGCAGCAAAUCUAUGACGUUCCAGUUAGCAAGGAGCUUCCUCUGGAGCUGGACUCCGCUUUGGAAGGUCUACAAAGGCUGCAGAGCGAGGCAUCGGCUGCGAUAGCUAGGUUACUCGGCUUCGUUAGUCCCGGAUGGAGAACGGCUCAACGAUUAGACGCUACCUUAAUGGAUCUUAGGCUGGCUGCUCUUAGACUUAGAACCUCCUUGCACGACCUAGCUGAAUUUGCUGAAGGAACGCUAGGAAACGCGGGUAAAGCACCGGACAAAGGGUUAGCUUCUAAAUUGCGACCCUUGGUCAAGGCUCUUCGUGAUUCCGACAAGCUCGUACAGGAAGCCGCCACCGAAUUGGACGCGAUGGAAUGGGAUGCCGAGAAACUUUGUCGCGGGGCUAGCGAAACUCUGACACCUACUAACGGCCCACCUUCCACCAUUCUGUCAACGGUGCAACCGGAUCCACUCGAUCAGCUGAUUGCGUGCGCUAGAGCACUCACGGAAGACGUUCGUCAGGUCGCCAGUUUCAUUCAGGGUAACUCGACGCUGCUCUUCAAACGAUCGUCGAUCAUCUCGACCGGUAGCAGUAAUAACAGCGGUGCCGGCGAGGAUUACGAUUACGUGAAUCUAGACUCGAGAGAAGUAGUCGCGAAGCAAAGGGAAGAAGUAAGAGCAUCGUUGCCACAGGAACUCCGUAGUAAUUUCGAUCGUGUUGUAUCCGAGUCGGACCAUGCGACCAUUCAAAUGCCACCCACGACACCGACACCCAUGGAUCCCAACGACAAACAAUUGUUAGCUUUCUACGCCGCCCAGGUGAUCACGCAUGGCAACCACCUGACUCAUGCCAUUGACGCGUUCAUGCAGACGGUCGAACACAACCAACCACCCAAGGUGUUUCUGGCUCAUGGGAAAUUCGUGGUGUUGAGCGCUCACAGGCUAGUGCAUAUCGGUGACACGGUGCAUAGAAACGUGACCAGAAACGACGUGAGAACACGGGUGCUGCAGUGUGCGAACGCACUGAACGAAGCUUUAGCGCAGACCGUGUCGAAGACGAAACAGGCAGCACAAUUCUUUCCAAGCGUAUCAGCCGUUCAAGAGAUGGUCGACAGCGUGGUGGACGUUUCCCAUCUGGCCAAGGAUCUAAAAGUCGCGAUGAUUCACGCCGCGCAUCAACCAUGAGCGCUGAAACAGCAGAUCCUCAUCUUAAAUACGGAAGAAGCUCGGCGAUGCGCUAGCUGAGAAGAAUUUCUCAUUAUUCUUCGGAGAGACUAUGUUAGGGCGCACGAAACCCGCCGCUCCUUCAAGUUCCUUGGAUUGGUCGGCAAUCCUAAUGAUCAAACAGUUUCUGCCUACAGAAACAUUGCGAGAACAGAAAAAUUAUUAAAAUUUAAUUGCAACAAUCUAUAUCGUAGACGUGUGUACACUGCCCAUUUGAUAGAAACGAGCAGCUAACCCUUAAGACUCGACAUCAAAGUCGAGCUUAAGAAUACGGGGAAGAUUAAUAAGAAUUAUUAUUCAGAUUACUCGGAUAGAACUUAGAAAUUAAACCUCUGAUCAUUUAAUCGAUGGAAAAGGGAAAUUGAACCACGAGAAUCGUUCUGACUUCCUUUUUCGUUCGACCAAAACUAGACCUUUCUCUCUUUACCACGAUAGAGAGUUCUCGAGGCCUAUCGUUACUUAGAGAUACACAACUGCCAAAGCCACAGGUACGUAGAACGUAAGGGAACCUCUUUCGAGACAAGCAUUUUUGUAAUGUAUACUCGAGAAUAUAGAGAACGUAGACUUUUAUAGGGAAUAUGUAACCGUGUCGUUAGCCGAAGAUGUGAAGCUAAUUAAACAACGUAAAAGAUAAGAGCAUGUGUGAAACGCGUUCGAAAUGACUCUCGAAGAAUUAUUGAUUGCUUAAAAAACGAGACUCGUUUGAAACGCUAUGAAAAACGUGUUAAUUAAUUGUCAUAGAUGUGUGCUGCGAAGAUAACGUUUUCGUUUAGAAACUUGUUCACGCGUUACUGUGAAACGAGAAUAUAGGUUGAUGAUAAAAAAUAUUAGAGAAAAGAACACAAUGCCAGGAAAUAGGAUCGAAUUAAGAUUUCUGGAUCCUGGGCUGUAGCCUCCCUUAGACCCACCCUUACUCCGGCGCUGCCAGGAAAAGAGCCACGAAUGCAAUAUGGAAUUUUCUACAAUUAAGAGCAACAGCGAGGUUUAUACAAAAAUUUCACUGCGAACAAAAACGUAAAAUCUGUCCUUUCGAAGGCCAAUUUUAAGAAAAUUUUAUACAACUUUAUUGAAAGGAGCACGACUUUUUCGUGCCUCAAGCCUUUUUAUGGCUCUUCCAGGAUCAUCCAAACGCACAGCGAAGACUUGCAAAAAAAGAACCAUUCGAUUUGUAGAUGUAUACAAUCACUUCGAUCAGACGAUUCGACACAAUCAAACUCCCCUUACAGGAGUAACGAAAACAAUAACUUGGAAAACGAUACGCCUUAUACACGAUCACUUAAUCAAUCAUUGUCAAAUCUCCUGCUGAUUAUAAAACUUUCAUCAUUCGUUCUUGACAUUGGCAUAAGCUUAAAGUACUUUUAUAAUCGGCAGGAUUAGAAAUGUUAUUGAAAAGAAAUGUAGGGAGAUAAAUGAAAUUCUUUUUCUUUCAUUGUAUCCUCUCAACUUUAGACGACAAAUUAUCUUCUUUGAUUGUUUGAGAAACUAAUCUACCUUAAUAUUCAACAACCACACAUUAUGAAUGCGCCUUUUAAGGUCGAUGUAUCUUUCAAAGGAUUUACUUUUCGCCAUCAGACGCAGUCUUUUCUCGUUUUCUUCUUUGAAUUGGCGAAAACUGGAGGAUCGUUGGAACGAUAAGAUACGUUUCAAUAAAUAAUCCGCACUUUUAGAGUAUCUGCUACGAUAUAGCUUAUAGUUUAUUUUUUAGAUACCAUAUAACCGAGCAUAUCGCGUGAACACGGACUCGUUUAUGGGACUUGUAUUAUAAUUUAUUGGCGGAGCGUAUUUGUAUGAUAAAAUGCAUUUUUCAGGCAUUUAGAGUUUACUGUAUAUUUAGAAUUUAUACAUAGCCGAUACCAAUAGGUGCUUAUCACAUUCUCGUUGAAUCUUAUUCUGAUAAUCGUGACAUGCUAUUAGAUGAACUAUUUCUUUGAAUAUAUAUAUAUAUUUAAAAAUAAACACGCAUAAAUUAUGCAUCGUCUUUAUUACUUUAAGUAAUUUCAAUUGAUUGUACAUGGUACCUGGAGUUUCUUCUAAUUGAGCACCCACGGAAUUCGUUGUCAGUGAAGACUUCCGGUUGGAAUUUUAUCAUAAUUCAACGAUUUAUCGUUAAUUAUUAUUGCGUUAAAUUUUGGAUACCUAUUAAUGUAAUUAGUAAUCUUAAAGUGUAUCAAGAAAUCAGAUGAUUAAUUAACGUUUAAGUCCUUCGAACUGAAUCGAUUGUGUUAAUUUAAAGACAUUUAAUGUGUACAUAAGUAUAUUUAUAUAUAUAUAUACAUAUAUAUGUAUAUUACAAUUAUUCCUAUUAUGAUGUAUACACAAAUACAAUAAUGUACCAACGCAGCAGUUACACAAAAAGAUGUUUGACAUUGUGCAAUUGUCGAGUUUUAAUUUCUAAGCAUCGAAUUAUACUCAAGGAAAUACGCGAGGUAUUUAGAAUUAGAAAAGAUAAUUAGAAUUGUUUUACGUGAAGUAGAUGCGAGGUUUUUUUCAAAAAGUUGAUAUCCGUUCGUACUUGAUUCGCUUGGUAAAACCCGAAUGAUAAUUUUGUAUACUGGCGCGUUACAUGUAUAUUAUAGUUAUAAUAGUUCAAUAAAGAUUAAUUAAAUAUGUA